GCCCGGCUCCGGGGCUGACAGGCAGGUGACAGACAGAGGAGCCGGCGCGCGUACCCACGAGUGCCCCGGGAGAGAGCGCGGCGCGGGCUGCAGCCGCCCCGGCCCUCCCGCACGACGCCGGGGCCCGGGGCCAGCGAGUGGCCGCUCCGCACUCGCCGGGGGCAGCCGGCGGCCCCAGCCGCAGCUCCAACCCCGCGGGGGCCGCGCCUCCCCGGCUCCCCGGCUCCCCGGCGGCGGCGGCUGCGGCGGGAGGCGAGCCGGCCGGCAAGCGGGCGGGCAAGCACCCUGGCCGGCGGGGCCCGCAGCGCGCCCCGCGUCCCAUGGAUAUAGCAACAGGUCCCGAGUCGCUGGAGAGGUGCUUCCCCCGCGGGCAGACGGACUGCGCGAAGAUGUUGGACGGCAUCAAGAUGGAGGAGCACACCCUGCGCCCCGGGCCCGCCACUCUGGGGGUGCUGCUGGGCUCCGACUGCCCGCAUCCCGCCGUGUGCGAGGGCUGCCAGCGGCCCAUCUCCGACCGCUUCCUGAUGCGAGUCAACGAGUCGUCCUGGCACGAGGAAUGUUUGCAGUGCGCGGCGUGUCAGCAAGCCCUCACCACCAGCUGCUACUUCCGGGAUCGGAAACUGUACUGCAAACAAGACUACCAACAGCUCUUCGCGGCCAAGUGCAGCGGCUGCAUGGAGAAGAUCGCCCCCACCGAGUUCGUGAUGCGGGCGCUAGAGUGCGUGUACCACCUGGGCUGCUUCUGCUGCUGCGUGUGUGAGCGGCAGCUACGCAAGGGUGAUGAGUUUGUGCUCAAGGAGGGCCAGCUGCUGUGCAAGGGUGACUACGAGAAGGAGAAGGAUCUGCUCAGCUCCGUGAGCCCCGACGAGUCCGACUCCGUGAAGAGUGAGGAUGAAGACGGGGACAUGAAGCCGGCCAAGGGACAGGGCAGCCAGAGCAAGGGCAGCGGGGACGACGGGAAGGACCCGCGGAGGCCCAAGCGGCCCCGGACCAUCCUCACGACACAGCAGCGAAGAGCCUUCAAGGCCUCCUUCGAGGUCUCCUCCAAGCCCUGCCGGAAGGUCCGAGAGACGCUGGCGGCGGAGACGGGCCUCAGCGUGCGCGUGGUCCAGGUCUGGUUUCAGAACCAAAGAGCAAAGAUGAAGAAGUUGGCACGGCGGCAUCAGCAGCAGCAGGAGCAGCAGAACUCCCAGCGGCUGGGCCAAGAGGUCCUGUCCAGUCGCAUGGAGGGCAUGAUGGCCUCCUACACGCCGCUGGCCCCGCCGCAGCAGCAGAUCGUGGCCAUGGAGCAGAGCCCCUAUGGCAGCAGCGACCCCUUCCAGCAGGGCCUCACGCCGCCCCAAAUGCCAGGUGACCACAUGAACCCCUAUGGCAACGACUCCAUCUUCCACGACAUCGACAGCGAUACCUCCUUAACCAGCCUCAGCGACUGCUUCCUCGGCUCCUCGGACGUGGGCUCCCUGCAGGCCCGUGUGGGGAACCCCAUCGACAGGCUCUACUCCAUGCAGAGUUCCUACUUCGCCUCCUGAGAGCCAGCCGGGCGGCAUGGACGCUUGGGCAAGGGUCCUGGAGGGGGGGACCGCUGGCCGCAGACGCUGCCUCACCACCCCCAGCCCCACCGCCCGCACAGACUCUGCAGACAGCCAUACGGUGCCCUCCCCUCGGCCAACCGGGCUUGGCUAACGUGCCCACCGGGCGCAGCCAGACAGGCAGAUGGGCACAACCUGGGCAGGGACUAUGUCCUGCCCCCAGAGACCGUGUCACCCCCAGGGACCCAGAACUCUCGGACAGCCACUCGCCUCCCAGCCGCACCUUGGCCUCCAUCGCCUCCCUCCCCCUCCCCAUCUCUUUUAUGGGAAGCUUAAAUUCUCUCUAUUUUUUUAAAUGUUCCCUCUGUGUCCAGGCCACCUCCAUGGCGCAGGCCUAGGUCAAGGCAGCCCCCCGCCCCGUGCAUGCCCCAGAUGAUGGCGUGAGAAGCCCAUGUAUCCUGUGCCCUGCACUGUGCCCACCUCCCCCCACCUCUGGGGGCAGGCCCACCAGCCUAGGAUCACCCCUUCUACCUGGAGCCUGGGGCAGGAGUGGGGAUGGGCCUGGCAGGUGGGCCAAGCCCACCACGGCUCUCCCCUGGGGAAGGGGGAGUCACGGGAGCACUGGGGGCGGGAAGGUUGAGCCCAGGCCGACUCAAAGGGAUGGAGACAUACAUGCAGAUGCACACGCUUCAAGGCACACCCAUGCGGAUGUGCACACGGGUAACUAGACAUGCUGAGAGACGGAGAGGCCUCUGUGGGUCAGCCCUCCCACGUCAGGAAGGGGAAGGAGGCCAGCGGGGGGUCAGGGAGCCCCUCUGACAGCAAUAGGAGGGGUGGGAGGAAGGGCAGAGGAGGUGAGCUCAGAGCACAUGGAUGCAGAUAUAUCUUCGCCUCCGCCCAGAUGGGGACUGCCUGGGCGGUCAGAGGCCCAGGACCAGGCGGAAUCAGGCCACCUGGCAGAGCCUCCAGGUGGGAAGGCGUCUCAGAAGCCACCCCCUUGGCACUCCAUCUGAUGCUAGGCUCUCACUCAAACUGCUCCUGCCUCUCCUUGCACACCUCCAGUGACAAGGCGCUCACUACUUCAUCGGGCCCCAAGUUCAGCUGCCUUUUCGGCUGAUCUCACCUCUGUCCCUUUUCAGCCUUUGUCCUCACUUCUCGAAGCCAGGCUUCCUUUUAAAAGCCCUUCCUUUUCCAGCUCUUCCUUUUAAAAUUGUACCUCCCCAGCCCCCACCCCUACUCCCCACCCCCCAGCCUGGCUCAGCUUUCCCUCUAAACAUGUAGAACAGACAUAACCCAGUCUCCCCACUAUCAUCAGCCAGCCUGGCCCUCUGGGCUCUUCUUGUUCCACAAACUUCCACAGGGUCUCAGCCGACGUCCCGUGUUCUUCUGCAGCCUCAGCCGGCCCAGGUUCUGGGCCGUCCUUGGUCCUGGGUCUCCACUGGUCCCGUAGGCAGCCACUCUGUCCUUUUGAGGGUUGGUCCCCUUUCUCCUCUUGGGCCCAUAUAGUCAAGUCAUGCUGGGGGCACUUGGAACAGGUCUGGGGUAGAUGCUCCCUGCCCAGUAGACCUGGCCCUUCUCUCCCAGAUUCUUUAUGUUGAAAGGAACUUCAGGAAUGGAUCAACUAGUCUGCCCGUUAUCCUGCAGCUGGAAAAUGGGGCCAGGAGAGGGGCAGGGACAGGCCUUUCGGCUAGUCAGAAGGAGAGCUGGAGCAGAGAAUAGGGACACCACACCAUCUGCUCAUGCUCUGUGCCUGGUGAAUGGCCUCCGGGUUGGGGGACGUGACUCCUCUUUGGAGACUUGCCCCCCACUGGGUCCGCAGAAACCCCAAGUCCAGCCUGGGCUCUGCCUCUGCCAUGACACUGCCCCCUGCCAGGAGCUGGUACAGGACACGUGCUGAUGACCAGCGGGUUGUCAAAGCCAGAGGGCCCUCAGCUCCCUGUGCCAGAGACACCCCACCAGCUGGUUUAGGUUAACUCCUUCGCUCUACUGCAGCUUACUGCCCCCAGGCUCUGACGACCACUCUGCCCGACUCGGUGUCGGGACACAGAUGAGCAAGAUGUAGGGCCCCUUUUGAGGACUUCUCUCCUGGGAGGAGAGACAUACACAUUCUGUCCCAAGCUUUUCCAGACACUGUUGGGGACCCAUUUCUCAGAUGAGGAACCUGAGGCUCAGAGAAGGCUACCCAGCAGAAGCACACGGGACCAGUCAGGCUUGCUGGGGUUGGGGCGAGUUGAGAUGACUGGGUUCUGUCCACUUCGUGUAGGAAAGCACAGCCUUGACCUGGGGCGGGGGAGGUGAGUGGCCUUGACCACCCCCACCCCUGCCGUGAUGUGGGACCACCAUCACGUGGUGCCUGGGUGGGAAGCCCAAGGGAAGGGGGAUGUGACAGACUGUUCUCUGGAGGAAGAGGGAGAAAGUGAUGGGUGGGGGGGUGUGUCAGAGGAAAGCGGAAUUCUGCUUCCCUGUGGGGAAGCUGAGGCUCAAAGGGAGGAAGGAAUCUGCCCCUGGUAACACGAGGAGUGUUACCACCUCCACCAGGGAGGCCGCACAGAGGGACACUGGUUCUAAGGGUCAGACCACGGGUCCAGCAGAGCCUAUAGCGAAGGAGCCAGUGCUGGUGGGCUGGGCAUCUCGGGAGGCUUCCUGGAGACAGUGACGUGGGGAGUCCACCAUGUCCAGAUGAGCAGGCCCUAGCAGUGAGGCUCGGGGAAAGGAGAAUUGGCUGAGCUCUGCCAGGCCCCCAUCCUGAGCUCUGGGCACCACCUGGGAUGGGACUCUCACCUCCCGUCUGGGAGAACCUACAGCUCUGGGGCUCACUCUGCCCUUUGGGGAAGGGGGAGGUCCACACUCACAGAUGCGUGCACACACACACACACACAGCCAGACACACACGAAGGCUCACAGACCCACAUUCACAGACACGCCGCCUGGGGGCUGGGGAAGCAGGAGGGACCCUCGAACCUUUGGCCCUUGGACGGCGCCACUGCCAGUGGGCCUCUCUGCUGCGGCCGCCCCACCGGCGUCCCACGGGAGCCCAGCCCAGCCAAGUGUGGGGACCGGGCCGCCGGCCAUUCCUGUUCUCCUUGUACAGACUCUCACUGUCCACCCGCCAUCCCCAGACACAUUUUAUUUAAUAACUUGUCAUUGUUAAAUUAUUUAUUAGCGUUUACCACAUCACCACCCCCACCCUGCCCUCCACUCUCACCUUCUGCCUCUUCCCACGAAAGCAGAAAAUGGAAACAACAGAAAAAGAUGAGACAUCAGUAUAUUUGUAAAUAAACCAACCUGUACACGCC